UCAGUGACAGAUGACCUAUUGAAAUAAUUUCAGAGCCGGUCUGUGGUUGCUACGACAACCAAUGCUCUCUUGGCUUUUAUCUGGCCAUGUGACAGGGACUUUGACGUCAGCCAGAGGCAGAGUCUGUGGCUGAGUCCACACAGUCAAAGGCUUGUGAGAAUCCGGUGGAUGCUGGACCUCGCUGCUGAGGCUGUCGCUGCUGCUGCUGCUGCUGCUGCUGUCGGUUCCCAGGGGCUGCGGGAGCAUGGACUGCUAAACCCCACACUUCUGCGUGAGUUGAAUUCUUGCCACCAGGAUGGGGAAACAGAACAGCAAGCUGCGCCCUGAAGUCAUGCAGGACUUGCUGGAAAGCACAGACUUCACAGAGCAUGAGAUCCAGGAGUGGUACAAAGGCUUCCUGAGAGACUGCCCCAGUGGACAUUUAUCAAUGGAAGAGUUUAAGAAAAUAUAUGGGAACUUUUUCCCUUAUGGGGAUGCUUCCAAAUUCGCAGAGCAUGUCUUCCGCACCUUCGAUGCAAAUGGAGAUGGGACAAUAGACUUUCGAGAGUUCAUCAUAGCCCUGAGUGUGACAUCCAGGGGCAAGCUGGAGCAGAAGCUGAAGUGGGCCUUCAGCAUGUACGACCUGGACGGCAAUGGCUACAUCAGCAAGGCCGAGAUGCUGGAGAUUGUGCAGGCUAUCUACAAAAUGGUUUCCUCUGUCAUGAAAAUGCCUGAAGAUGAAUCAACACCAGAGAAAAGGACAGAAAAGAUCUUCCGCCAGAUGGACACCAACAGAGACGGAAAACUCUCCCUGGAAGAAUUCAUCCGAGGGGCCAAAAGUGACCCAUCCAUCGUACGUCUCCUGCAGUGCGACCCCAGCAGUGCCGGCCAGUUCUGAGCCCUGCACCCCAAGGACGCUACAUCUGCUUGUGUCUCCUGAUUAGCGUUUAAACUUUUUUUUUUUUUUGCCAAACAAUAUUGAUGGUGACGCUGCCCCCUCUCCGGUCAGAUGCACCCUUCUGUGACACCUCGCCUUUUGCUUCUUUCAUCGUGGACGCUUUGUGGGAAUGCCCAGAGCCCCAUGUGCCGUGGAGAGCAUGAGCACACUUCAUGGUGUUCCCCGCUGGACAGCUUUUUAAUCAUCAUUGUUUUCCGCCUUGAUUCUAAUGUCUUUGUCUUAAAACACAAGACUUGGGGAAGGGAAUUCCACCCAGCCCAGAGGGGCUUUGUUUGAAAGACAAACUAUCAGGGGUCUGUUGUGACACAUGCCCUCAGGACUAUAGCCGGCACCUGGGGCUUGCUUUCCUCAGAACAGGUUAUACCCUCUGGGGUAAGGCUAUGAAAGGGAGCUGGGACAGCCCCCAAGAGGCCCACUCCCUUCUCUACCCCAGCAGGCUGUAGUUUCUAAGCUGUGAACAUUUCAAGGUAAAUUAACAGAGGAGAUGGGAAAAGAAGGCUCAGCUAUUUUUUUCAACAGGUUUACACGAGUUGAGCUAAUAUGAGUUUCUUUGAAAAAAAUCCAACACAGAUGGUAACAUAUUCCAAAACCAGACCCAUCUAACUGCCUACUUGUGAUUUAUAAAAGACUGCUGUAUAUAAAAUAUUGGGUAUUGCAGACCAAAUUAAGUGUUUUGCCUUGUAAAUGCAUGUGUAGAGAGCGCUAAUACAAUCUUACUAUGGAAGACUGUUUUUAGUAGCUUAUUGUGAAGCCAACUACAAUGAAUGUCAAUGUCUUGUUUUAAAGUCAUAUCUGUCUUUGCACAAGUAUAUUUUAUAUACUCCAUAAAAUUACACAGCAAUGAUGACA